AACGUUGACAGUAGGUACCUCGUGAACCGUCAGUUGAGAUCCUACCUACAACGUAAACUGACAACCCAGGUUAGAUAGAUCGUGAUCAAUCUCGUUUCGUUAAAACUUGUCGAUAUAAAGUGAAAAGUGUUCGACUCUGAACGUAGAAAAUCUUGAUCGACCUAUAUCGUGACGUGAAACACUUUUUUUGAAUAUUUAAUGUACUUUAUACAUUUUUCAUGAUUUUAUUCACGAUAAUUAACGAUAUACUCAAGGGAAUGAAUAGUUUCGUGUGAGCAUACUUGUGAUAGUGAUUAAUCUGUGUUCAGAAUUUCUUUUUUCAUUCAAAUUUGUUAAUGAUGGAGUCAAUGUCACUCAGUGCUGCUAAUUCAAGUAGAUUUUGAGAUACAUAGAAUCAGAGUAUUUAACGAAGAUUGGCUGAAUAAGUGUUUCGAGAGAAAGUUAUCAACAGAGGUUAUCUCUUGCUGAGAGUUCCAAGAUGAUCAGUAUCAUCGUCAAGACUAUUUUGCUGGUGUAUCUUUCUCAAUUGUUUGUUGGGGUAGUUGGCCAGUCGCCGUGUUCCAACUACUUCCGAUAUAUUCAGGAUGAUGUCUCAAACGAACUCAUCGGUUACAUUGAAAUACCAUUCCCACCACGUGGAGUUAUCUUGCAACUCAGCGUCACUUUAAGUAUCGCUGUUGUACUACCUUCGAAAUACGUUGGACGAUUGGAAUUGGCAACUUCGAAAGAACAAUCUAUUAAGGCAGUGAACGAGGGCAGGCCUCUGUCGUACAAAAUCCAUUUUCCUCUACCUCAGCCAAUACCAUUAUUAAGCAGUUUGUGGUUCAACGAUCAAUUUAUCUGUUUCGGUCCACGUGCAAGUGGACCAAUUGUCACCUCUAUUGUAUUAAAUCACACACUCUACCCACCUGCAAAUGCUCUCAGUAAGCAGCCAGAAUUUAAUAACAAUAAUAAUUGGAACGGGAUGAGGAAUAUAUAUCCGCCUCCAUCAAUGAUCGAUCGACGCGAACCUUCGCAACCCUCGCAAAUGGGACCAAAUGUGCCAAAUAUUAAACUCGUGCCACCAAAUAAUGAACAAAUUAAUCUAGCGUGUGGUCGAAGCAGUAUCGAACCUGUUAAUCCUCUCAUAGCUAGAGGCGAGAAAGCGUCCCCUGGUCAGUGGCCAUGGGUGGUAGCAAUCUUUUUGGUCAAAUUAAAAUUUGAAUUUCAGUGCUCAGGCACGUUGAUCUCGAAUACACAUAUUAUUACAGCUGCGCACUGUUUACAAAUGAAUAAAGUAAAUCUACCUGCUGGCUCAUUUUUGGUAUCCUUGGGACGCUAUCGACUUCGAGACUGGAGAGAGAAAGGUUCGGAGAAUCGGGAAAUAAUAGAGUAUAAGGUUCACCCCGAUUUUGUCGCGGGUGGUAAUGCCGAUGCAGAUUUAGCGAUAUUGAUGCUACGAGAGAGAGUGGAAUUCAAUUCGAUGAUAAAACCUAUUUGUCUUUGGUCCGGAUCUUCGCUUCUGUUAAACGUUGUAGGCAAGGUUGGCUACGUAGUAGGCUGGGGACGCGACGAAUUGGGAAACCCGUAUGUUCAAGAGCCCCGACAGAUCAAGGUUCCGAUCGUGGCUCAGGAAGUUUGUCUCUGGAGCAACAGCAACUUCGUCGCGUUCACCUCAAACCGAACGUUCUGCGCUGGUCAGAGAAACGGAAGUGGCCCGUGCAACGGCGACAGCGGAAGCGGCUUCGUAAUAUACAAUAGCGAAAUGGAUCGUUAUCUAUUGCGAGGGGUCGUUUCGAGGUCCCUUUUGGACAGUAGCACUAUGUCUUGUGACUUAUCGCAAUUCGUCGUUUAUGUAGACAUUGCUCAACACCUAAACUGGAUACAAACAGAGAUUUCUAAGAAUAAUUGAUGAUCAAUGAUUAACUGAUAAAUUACUGAUGAUUGUAGCUAUAAAUGUACUAGUCGAUUAGAUUUUGUAUAUAAAUUAUUAUUUUAUCAUAUUAAACCUUAAAUGGUUCGUAGAAUAGUUUUUAUUUUAUAGAAUACCAAAUCUUGAUCAAUCGAAGAUGUUACAUUACCUUUAUUUUGAUUCUUUAGACUUGUGUCAUAGAUUACACUUCGAUUUAUUCGUUGUAUUACGUGCCGAUAAACAAUUGAAAUGAUCCUAUGUGCUUGCAAAAAGUGGUUUAAAUGCGAUAUUUCUGAACUGUUCAUGUUUCUGUUGUUUUAUUACUCGGUCAGUGCUCUCCGUAUCAGUAUUUACGAAAUUGAUGAUGGUAAGUGUACAAAAGUAUACGAUUUACCUGUAAGAAUAGAUGAUAUAGCGUAAUUUAAUUAUUUUAUAUCGUAUCGUGCGUAUUAUUUAUUACUGACAUACUUUUCGUUCUUAAAUCGAUUGCGUCUGCAUUUAUUUUCCUUUGCAUAAAACAUGUCCUUUAUCUUAUAUAGUUUUAUGCAAAUUGUAUACAGUUUUAUUAAUUUGUAGAGAACUGUUUAUUACGUAUUCUAGUUUUAAUUCCAUAGCAUUCCAUUACGACAUACAUGUUUGCACUUUUCUUACAAUGUUAACCCGACUUAUUGUAUGUACAAUAAAAUGAUCCUGUUGACUAUGAA